GUUAGCAUCUAUAUUGGCAAAAUGAUCGGUUUGGGAUAUAUAUUGGCGGUAGCCCUUCUUCUCACUGCAUUGCCGGCGGGACUGAGAGGUUCCGUGCCACGAUCAAGUGUAGAUUCUCAAGCCAUUCGGCCGAGAUUUAAUGUGGAUCCUGGUAGGAUCAUCAAUGGAACGGAGGCUACGCUGGGGGCCACCAGGCAUCAGGUGGGCAUACGCAAGGCCCUCAACGAUGGCUACUUCUUUGGCACCGGACACCUUUGCGGAGGAGCACUAAUCCGGCCAGGAUGGGUACUUACCGCCGCCCAUUGCUUUGUGGAUCAGGUGAUCUACGACGGCACCUUCGUGCCCAAGGAGGAGUUCAUCGUGGUGAUGGGCAACCUUGAUCGUUUUAAUAAGACCAACACAUUGACCUUUACAAUCGAGGAACGGAUAAUGCAAUUGGACAAGUUCGUCCUUUCCACCUACGAUAAGGAUAUUGCUUUACUGAAAUUGAAUGGCACUGUUCCUGCCAAUCAUCCUACCAUUCGUCCAAUAGCCCUUAAUAGAUUUACUGUUGCCGAGGGUGUCGUCUGUCAGGUGACAGGGUGGGGCACUCGGGAGGAUGGCUAUAUCUCUGACAUCCUGAUGACCGUCGAUGUACCAAUGAUCAGUGAAGAGCAUUGCGUUGAGGAUACUGAUCUGGGACAUUUGAUCAAGCCGGGAAUGAUCUGCGCCGGUUAUGUAGAAGUGGGAGAAAAGGAUGCCUGCUCGGGCGAUUCUGGUGGUCCCUUGGUCUGCCAAAGCCUGCUGGCCGGCAUAGUUUCCUGGGGCAUUGAUUGCGCCCUGCCCAGAUUUCCGGGUGUCUACACGGAGGUGUCCUACUACUAUGACUGGGUACUGGAGAAUAUGGGCGAGGAUUCGAAUGCGGAUGGAAGUGGAGAUGGCAGUGGGAAUGGCAGUGGCGAUAGCAGUGGUGAUGGCAGUGGUGAUGGUAGUGGAAAUGGUGAUGAUGACGAUAAUGGAAGUGGUGAUGGAGGUGGUGAUGGUGAUGGAAGUGGUGAUGGAGGUGGUGGUGCAAUGGGUGUCAUGGCCGGCACUCUUACACUUCUGCUGCCAGGAUUUCUUGCUCUGAGGCUAAUAACUAGUCAUUUUUGAGAUCUUGAACUUUAAUAAAAAACUGUAUUAUUUAAGGAGUAAAA